UGUUGAAACGCAUAAAAGUAAGUUGUGUUGCACGUUUCUGCCACAGCAUCCCUUCUCUGAGGCUCUCUCUUCUCAACAGGUCGCACUUACCGAAGAUUGACUCUAUCAGGGUACAUCAAUAUGCAGCAUGUUACAGUAUGCAUGCUCUCUUCCAUCACAUUUCUCUAUAUUGCGGCUUUAGUUUGUGCAGAGAAUAGCGAUUCUCAAUCUGCACUGGAAGCAGCUAUUAAUAGGGUAGAAAACGGUAAUGUAGAUAAAAGAGGAUGGAACGAACUGUCCGGAAUGUGGGGCAAAAGAGGAUGGAACAACUUACAAGGAGUUUGGGGAAAGAGAGGAUGGAAUAAUCUUCAAGGAGUGUGGGGAAAAAGAAAUUGGAAUAAUCUUCAAAAUGUUUGGGGAAAAAGAAAUUGGAAUAACCUCCAAGGAAUGUGGGGUAAAAGAGGUUGGAAUAAUUUGCAAGGAGUCUGGGGUAAGAGAGAUACAGAAACUCCUGCGGAUAAGAAAAAUGGAUGGAAUAAAUUAACUGGAAUGUGGGGAAAGAGAUCCAGUUUCGGUUGGAGGAUAGACCCAAAUUUAGUGGAUCUGUAUUCUGUUGAAGAAGAAGAUCCUGAAGUCCUUAAACAAAUGAUGUCAUAAAGGACGACAAUAUCUCAAUUGCACAUCAUAUCUUCAAAUGGAUUUUUUUUCAUGUAAAAUAAUUAUAAAAUAACAUAAAAGAAGAAGAAGUUUAAAAAAAAUCCAAACUUUAAUUUCACAUAAUUAAAUAUUCGGCAAAAUU